AUGCUGCGGAAUGCAUCCAAGGUAGCCGUGAGAAAGGCCGUGAGAAAAGCCGUCACAGAGCUCGCCCGAUAUCCCAAACCUGGAGACAAGCUGCAUGGCUUCACUCUCGUGCGAGCAAAACAUGUCCCCGAACUCGAAUUAACCGCCCUGCAUCUGCAGCACGACAAGACCGGCGCAGACUAUCUACACGUUGCCAGAGAAGACAAGAACAAUGUCUUCUCCAUCGGUUUCAAGACAAAUCCGCCGGAUGAUACAGGUGUGCCGCAUAUCCUCGAGCACACGACAUUAUGCGGAAGCGAAAAAUAUCCCAUACGAGAUCCUUUCUUCAAGAUGCUCCCGCGUACACUGUCAAACUUCAUGAAUGCUUUCACUGCCUCGGAUCAUACCUUUUAUCCCUUUUCAACUACGAAUAAGCAAGACUUCAAGAACCUGAUGUCCGUAUACCUAGAUGCAACAUUACAUCCGCUGUUGAAACAGAGCGACUUCACACAAGAGGGAUGGAGAAUAGGACCAGAAAACCCCCAGGCCGUUCAAUCCGCGGAUGGCGUAGAAUCGGAGGAAAGCAAGUUAGUCUUCAAGGGUGUUGUGUACAACGAAAUGAAGGGCCAAAUGUCAGAUGCAGGAUACCUGUAUUACAUUAGGUUCCAGGACCACAUCUUCCCCGCCAUCAACAACUCAGGAGGAGAUCCGCAGAAGAUUACAGACUUGACAUAUGAGCAAUUGAAGAAGUUCCAUGCCGAGCAUUACCACCCAAGUAAUGCCAAGGUAUUCACUUAUGGUGAUAUGCCUCUCGCGGAUCACUUGGUGGAAGUCAAUGCGCAGCUGAAUGCAUUCGAGCGUAUCCAAGGAGACUUUGAGAUCCGGAGACCAAUCGAUCUAAGUGGCGGCCCUCAAAAUGUCACAGUCGUUGGACCAGUGGACCCGAUGGUGGAUAAAGACAUGCAAUACAAGACCUCCACUUCCUGGCUGAUGGGAGAUGCGACCAAUAUUCUGGAACAAUUCUCACUGGGCGUUAUGUCUGCACUUUUGAUGGAUGGAUAUGGCUCCCCUCUCUACCGGAACUUGAUAGAAGCUGGUCUCGGGACGGAUUGGAGUCCCAACAGUGGAUUCGAUAGUUCUGGAAGAAUUGGUAUCUUCUCCGUUGGACUUACUGGUGUGAAAGAAGCGGAUAUCCCCAAAGUUAAGGAAGCCAUUCAGAAAACUUUCAAAGAAGCCCACGCAACUGGAUUCGAAAAAUCUAAGAUUGAUGGAUAUCUCCAUCAAUUGGAAAUUAGUUUGAAGCACAAGACUGCCAAUUUUGGUAUGGGAUUGAUGCAGCGGAUCAAACCUCAAUGGUUCGAAGGAGUCGACCCAUUUGAGUCACUCGCCUGGAAUGACACAGUUUCUGCAUUCGAAACAGAACUCGCCAAGGGCGGAUAUCUGGAGGGGCUGAUGGAGAAGUAUUUAUUGAAUGAUAAUACUUUGACGUUCACGAUGACUCCGUCCACGACUUACGGCGAAGAACUUGCUGCAGAGGAAGCUGCCCGUCUCGCCGGCAAGAUCGCAGAAGUUACAGCAAAGGCUGGUAGUGAAGCAAAAGCUCGUGCUCAGCUCGAGAAGCGAGAAGCGGAAUUGCUUGUCGAGCAAGGCAAGUCGAAUACUGAAGAUUUGAGCUGUCUGCCCACAGUAUAUGUCAAGGACAUUCCUCGGCAAAAGGAGACCGUAGAGGUGCGAGAUUCCAAUGUCGGGAAUCUCAGUGUCCAAUGGCGAGAAGCUCCAACGAACGGCCUCACCUAUUUCCGAGCUGUCAACAUGUUUGAGAAUAUCCCGAUAGAACUCAGAUCUCUGAUCCCUCUUUUCACGGAUUGUAUCAUGCGACUUGGAACCAAGAACAAAACAAUGGAGCAACUUGAAGAUCUAAUCAAGCUGAAGACAGGAGGAAUAUCUGCCUCCUACUUUACCACGCCAUCUCCACUGGACUUCACGUCUUCUUCUGAAGGAAUGAGUUUCGCAGGAACUGUAUUGGACAGGAAUGUGCCUGACAUGUUCAAUCUGCUUACAGAUCUCGUCCUGUACACCGAUUUCGACAGUGGUGAAGCUCAAAGUCGUAUCAGGCAGCUUUUGCAGAGUGCUGCAGAUGGCGCAGUCAACAACAUUGCGUCUUCAGGACACGUCUAUGCUCGAAGAUUCGCGGAAGCGGGUUUAACCUACUCUUUGCGAACGAAGGAGGAAGUCAGUGGUUUAUCACAGAUCAAGCUUGUCACUUCAUUGGCCUCAAGACCGGAGUCAGAGGGACUUGCCGAUGUCAUUGAAAAGCUGAAGGCUAUUCAGAAGCUAGCAUUUUCACGCUCAGGCACUUUCCGCGCUGCCAUAACGUGCGGUUCAGAAAGUGUCUCAGCUAACGAGGCAGCCCUUGAACAAUUCUCCUGGUCGCUCCAAUGGCCCAACGUACCGGACUUGAAGCCUCUGCGGCCUGACUGGUCGAGAAACAAGAAGACUUUCUUCCCCCUCCCAUACCAAGUGUACUAUGGUGCACUUGCACUACCUACAGAGUCCUACGUAUCACCAGCUAGCGCACCCCUCCAGAUUCUUUCGCAGUUGCUCACUCACAAGCAUUUACAUCAUGAGAUUCGUGAGAAGGGUGGUGCCUAUGGCGGAGGAGCUUACUCGCGCGGUCUAGACGGCGUCUUUGGUUUCUACUCCUACCGAGACCCCAACCCGCAGAACACGAUGUCUAUCAUGCGCAAUGCAGGACGGUGGGCCGUCGACAAGCAGUGGUCAGACCGUGAUCUUGAAGAAGCUAAGCUCUCUGUAUUUCAGAGUGUUGACGCCCCCCAAGCAGUUAGUGACGAAGGCAUGGCACGCUUCCUGUCAGGAGUAUCCGACGAGAUGCUCCAAGAGCGACGCGAGAGACUUUUGGAUGUCACUAAAAAGCAGGUGCGAGAAGUUGCACAAAAGUACCUUAUUGAUCUUCCAGAGCAAGGGGAAGGCCGUAUGGCCUUCCUUGGCGAGAAGAAACAAUGGGUCGAUGGCACAUGGGAGACCCGUGAUAUGGGCAUUUCUUCUCAGGAGCCUGAACUUGUGGGUGAGGAGGAUGUCAGAACGGCUGCAUUGGGCUCAUGAUUUAUGAUACCCCUGUACAUGUAUGUAUAUAUUUGUAUGAUAUUGCAUUCCACUCCCCAGUUGGGCUCCUUUGAUUAGCAGAACAAGCUCAAGUGAGUGAUUUUCUGGAUGGAUGGAUAGAUCGCUUUUAGUAGGUGAGUACGUUGACGAUCUUACCUUCCACAAUUACCUCACUUUGUUGUCUAGCAGGCAUAUGAGUCUUGUCUCUCACAUAAAGCCCUCGUUGAUGUUGGGACUCUCUGCGGAUUUCGAGAUCGUUUCCUAGUCUCACUAGAAAGAUGCUGUGUAACGACGGUCCGCUGUAUCUCCGCAUAACCAGCCUAUCUGCCCGAGUCCCCGGUUACGGACUUGUCAUCUCCACCCCUUCGUCUCACUCCCUUUCACCUAAAACGCAUGGAAUGAUACACACGCGCUACGAACAGAUUACCACGUCUCCAGCGUGCCUUCAAUAGCUGGCAGAUCACAAGUCAUGCCUCCGGGCUAGCGCAAGAGCAAAUUGGCGCAAAUCAACCUAGAAACCAGACUUUCCUUCAGGCUUUGCCUCCUGUUGGCUGGUCGCGUGUAUACUGGGAAUCGCGCAUCUCCAUCUUAUUUCAGAGCUGUCUUCCUGGAGUUUUGGGAUGGCGGACUAAAGAUGUGAGGACAUUAGAUGUGUGGUGGUGAUUGUGGUGGUGAUUGUGCUGAUACUGCUCGUGUGGUGUUGAAGGAGGGGCUGAGGGUUGCGACAACAGUGCUUGCUGUACAUGCGUGGAAAGGGGCUAUGUUUACAAUAUGCAUAUCUUAUGCAUGCGUUAUGCAUGCACAGCUGAUUCUGGGCUUGCAAGGCUCGACCUCAUUGGAACAACUCGGCUCCGAAGCUGCAAUAAUCUUUGAAGUAGAAGUCCCCAAUACGACAGGAUACGUGCGGGCAAGACAUCUGCAACGGCAUCGCCUAUGUUCCAAGUUCUAGACACUUGAUCCUUACCUUCGUUAUCCUCGCCAGUGUCCGCUGGGCUGAAGAUACCCCUGACAACAGCCAAAGCCAUUGCGUCAUGUUCAGCGAGAUUCAGGUACACGAGAACAGAACAGAACAGAAUAGAGAUGCGU